AUGCUUAAAUUGGUGGUGACUUUCAACGUGUCGACACUGCAUCAUCUCAGUUGUUGCCCUCCACUCACCGCGCCGCUGUGGCACUCGGCCAUUGCCGUGAGAUCCUCACAGCAGCUUCGUUCGCCUCUCGGUGACAAUCAGUCGUUUGCCUUAAUCGAGUGCAGCACAAACAAUCCACGAAUUCUGUUGCAACAAAUGAUUCGUCGUGGUCUUUUCACUGGAAGUAUCAGACCGAGGAAGGAAACCACCACGCGACUAUUCAUGCGACAAUUCGUCCACUUUCUUUGCCAUUCAGCUUCUCUCUGCUUACCAUUGACCGCAGAACUCUGCACUAAAACAACCGACAGGCAUUUUCACCUGAUCGCGACUGGGGCUUGUGAGUGUGCUCUUCAACAACUGCGUCUAGCGUUGUAUAAGCAGUAA